UGUAGCUCCCACUCACUGGCAUCAGAAAAACGAGAUAUCUUUAGUCUUGUGCUGCACAAUUUCAUACAAAUAACAGCAUUGGCUAGACAGAAUCUGCGUUCUGCCAAAGAAUACAUUGGUGGAUAUAUAGUGGUGAAACAGGAAGGGAAGAAAGUGCAGCUGAUCUCUCAAACACCAGACUCAAGCUGUGAUGCCAACCAAACUUUAAAUGAUUUCCAUGACUGAGACAUUACACUCCAAAGGCUUUUCACCAUGAAGACCAGAUUAGGCUGUCUGUCCAAAAAAUCUGACUCCUACAGUGACUUCUCUGAGUUUCUGCCUCCUGCUCGUGAGACCACAGCAAGAUGUCUAAAACUAUCAACAGAUGAAGUUGUUCGAUGGUCUGAGUCAUUCGAUCACCUUCUUGCUCACAAAUAUGGUUUGGCUGCAUUUCGGACAUUUCUCAAGUCCGAGUUCAGUGACGAGAACAUCGAAUUUUGGAUGGCCUGUGAGGACUACAAAAAAAUCAAAAGCUCAACCAAACUUGUGUCAAAAGCAAACAAGAUAUUCAAGGAAUUCAUUGAGGUUCAGUCACCGAGAGAGGUGAACAUUGACCACCGGACAAGGGAGAAGACCAAACAGAGCCUGUCAGAUCCCACUCCAACCAGUCUCAAUGAAGUCCAGGGUAAAAUCUACAGCCUAAUGGAGAAAGACUCAUACCCACGAUUUAUCAGGUCAAAGAUGUACCAGGAAAUUGUCAACAGGGCAUAUGCGCAAGGUCAGCGGAGGUCUGUUUGACCAAAUCUGCUGACCACAGUGGACCUAAAACUGUACCUGUACAGUAUAUCAUUCUUUGACCUUUUGACACCAUAUCAAUACUGUGAAUAGGCAAGAAUAAAAUGACCUGCUUGACUGUUUUCUGUACACCUCCAAGCAUGCAAUCCUCAUAGAAAAAGCAUAUCUUUUUGAAGUGCAUUGUAUUGUGGGAUCCCUGAGCGACAUAUUUGAAAAAUAUUUUCCUCAAAGAAAUGUACAUCAUGCAGCAAAUGUUUUGUUUGCACUACAGGCCAUUUGUCAAGGAUACAAAAUAUAUAAUUAAUGUGCUUAUGUAGCUGCAUAGAAAAACUAGGAUGUCAUCUAUUGGGACAUGUGUAUUAGAAGAAAUAGCACUUACCUUUUUUGCCAGUACCUGUUAAGGCUUUAUUGUGUCACAGUUUGGAUGCUUUUUUUUGUGGAAUUCUUGUGCAAUACUUUUAGGUGCUUGUUGCACUCACUGCAUGCUUGUGCAACUUCAGAAAAGUUUUGUCUCAAAAUAAAAGUGGGGAUGUUUAGCAGCUACACACUUUAAACAGGACCAUGACUGUCAGGCUUGUAGCCAUAAUUUGACAGCAUUACAAUCUACUAAGACUCUGCUUAGAAAUAUCAAACUCAUCAAAAUGCCUCAUUGGAAAAACUGGUGGUCUUUGGUGGUAUAAAGGCAUGCUCCUUCAGCUGUCAUUUUAAGAUUCAUACAUACUGAAAAGAAUGAAUAAAAAAAAAUGUGAGUGAUAUUAUUCACAUUGAACCUGUUAGGAUAACAAUUUAAACUUGAAACACAUUUAGGUAAUUGAUUAAACAGAAAGAAUUGACUUCAAACUUUACUUUUACUUAUGUGGAUCUUAUUUUAUUUUAUCUUUCCCCUUUUAUUCAAAUGCUGUUACUAUGGAAACUAGAAGUGCCAUCACAGUGAAAAAUAGCGGUCUCAUUGCAAGCUGCUUGCACACAAAAACUGGUUAUUAUAGGGAGUGGAACACCACCAAAGUAAAUGGUUAAGCUAUUUUUAUGUAAAACCAUACAUCUGAAACAUGUACAACAUAUGACAUAGAAAAAUAUUUCCCCAGCAGCACUUUUAGUGUUUGUGCAUUUCCCUUUACACAGCAGUGUCCAUAUAUUUAAAGUGGCAAGUGAUUGACUUAGGCUACGUUCACACAGCAGGCAAAUGUGGCCCAAAUCCAAAUUGUUUUUGCCCAUAUGUGACCCAUAUUCUUUGUUUUCAUGGCAGUCUGAACGGCUCAAUUGAGGUGUUUGCAUUUCAUCUGACUUUUACAUCAUUGUCUUAGCACUGACAAAAGGAAGUUCUGGAAGUUCCAAAUCGACCACACUUGUUUUGAUGCCAUCAACAAGCAUCUGGGAUAAUUUUGCCUAGUCCUCUAUUCAAGACAGAAUAAGUCUAGUUCAUUCAUAUUGCUUGGUUUCCUCAUACAGACUGACCUUUUAGUCCACAAUGCUUUUAAAAGGGCUGAUGUUAAAACUUUGGGAAAGUCAUUCCAGAAGCUUAAAUGUAACACUGUUUUAUUCAUUCCAACAGUUUUGAUUUGUGUUUUAGAUAAUUAGCCUGUUGGAAAAGCCAGUUGUUUUAAUCAUGUAAUUGCUGAUGUGCGGUGAAGUUGAGGAAAGUUCUCCUUUCCUAUUCUGUCCAAUUUUUGCAAUACACAAGCUGUGGAAUCAAAUAAGCCGCACAGCAUGAUAUUGCCACCACAACAGUGCUCAACAGUAGUUUGAACCACCGACACUGAAAUCUUCUGUUAUUUAAAAAUGGCUACCAAAGACAGUUAAAAACUAAUGUAAAUGUGCACUUCUCUUUCUUCAAUCUUCACUAAGUUCCUUGGACCUUCCAGCUGUUAAGCUGUUAAACAAAUCCCAUUUUUUUAGAAACACAAAGGUCGAAAGAAAAAUUACCAGUUGCACUGAUUCCUGAUCACUAAAGAGAAGUUGGUCAUCACUACCACUUAUUAAAAGGUUUUGGUGAAUGUAUGCAUAUAUUUAAGACUUUUUAUAUAUUCAGGUCUUGUGUGGAUUGGAGAAAAACAGACAUAAAAACUUUUACACCCAUUUAUUAUUUUGAUUGUUUGAAAUUUCAAACUCUACUUUCAUACUUACUUACUACAUUUUUUUUUUUUGGUGUGAUCCAGUUUACAGCCAUGUCAAUGUUCUUGACAUGGCUGUAAACUGGAUCACAGCUGAUCAUGUUCAUAACAGCUGAAAUAAAUAAUUAAAUCAUCAUUAUAACUUUGAUAACAUCCUGUUCUUAAUCUAUAAGGUGCAAUUUAUUGAUGGACCGACCGUUGCCAGCAAUAGCAACUUUAACUAUUCUGUGAACAUUUCCCCUAAGUUUAGGAGUGUGUUUAUUGCUAGAUGAGAAAACCGGAAUUGCAGCCUUUGCUCUAAUUCAUCCCAGAAGUUUUCGAAAUGGUUGAAGUCAGGACUUUGUGCAAACCAGUCAGGUUUCUCCACACCUAAACUUUACACACCUGCAGCCAUGGAAAUGAUUGUAACACUGGAAUUCAUUCAUUGGUGGUGUGACCCCAUGCUUUUGGCUAUGUAGUGAAAGUACUCACUAAAAGGUUAUUGAAAUAUCAAAUCAAAUAAAAAUGCAGUAGAUUCAUAUCUAAAUUAGCAAAAUGUGCUUUGCAUUUAGUAGUUGUGCUCUUAAUCUCACAAUGGUACAGACAUUGUUAAAGAUGACUCGCAGACAUUGAAAAAAUUUGAUAAGCCUGUUAACUUAAAGAAUAUGUUUAACUUAUUCAUUGAAUAAUUUUCUUUCAUGCUAAGAUCAUUUAAGUUUUUAGCAGGCAUUUUUUGGCAUUUGCUCUUCUUAACUCCACAUUCUUUUAAUUGUUUUGUUUAAAAAAAUAUAUUUUAUAUCUUAAUAUUCUUUUAAGUGAAAGCUCAUAUAACUCCUGGCCAAAUACCUAUGCAAGAUAACAGGGAUUUGGGACCAUCAUGCCCCAACCACAUAAUUCUCAAAGCAGAUGGCCCCAGAUUGAUUACGGGGUAUGGACCGUUUAUUGCAUGUCUUCCCCUUCUCUCUCUGUCCCUCUUCCUGUCCAGCUACUAAUAAAUAAAGGCUACUAGUGCAACAAAAACCUAAAAAAAAACUGUUACAUGAAAUUCUAAGGAAGAUUUUAGCAAUCUUGUACAUAUUUGUCACCAUAGAUCCUACUAAGAGAAAUAAACUGAUAUGCAAUGGUUAACCAAGUAGUUGUGAUUUGGUUUAAGGGUUUGAAGAAAAUUGUAAUGGCUGAGGAAAAAGAAGUGAGUUAGUAAAUGUAUCUUGAGUCACUUCAGUCAUGUAGUGAAAAGUUUAAUUACUGAGAGAAAACAGUAAAAAAAAUGUUUUAAAAAUAGUUACAAUUGUUGUGUGUGACUUGCUAAGCUGUACUCCGAAAUCAGAAUCCUUCUCUAUUGUAUUUUCACCUGUUAAGAUGGAUGUUAGCCAGUGACCCAGAGUGGGGAUAUGUUUGUGUUUAUUUAUUUAUUUAUUUUUGCCAUCAUCUGGAUAGAGAUAACAAAUAACAGUUUGAAAAUAAAUUCAUAGUAGUAUUGUCAUUGCCUAACAAUGAGAAUACACUCCCUUACAUCCAAUAUGUGUCAUGAAAUCUACAGUGUACAUUCUUUCCAAAAAUGAUUGAAACUGUUCUUUACAGCAUGUGUACCACUAUAUAUUCCAUGUUUCUGUGUUCCACAUGAAUGUACCCUACCCCUAUAUUUUAUAAAUAAAAUCAUGUGAGCAUA